GAUGUGCAACAAGUUGAACAAUUGCCGCAUCGUUUUUUAUAUCACCAACGCGAACACAUAACUAACGGCGCCUGGGCAAGGUUCAUUUGAACACUAUUAUUAAGCGAAAAGUGAACGAGCUGAAGAUAGACAACGAAUUAUGUCGGCAACGAGAUUCCUGAGUGCUGUUGGCCAACUUUCGCGACAGCAACUGCUGCAGAAUAGGUGCACUAGAGCUCUGCCCGUCUCGACCCGCCGUCUCAUGUCCACGAAUCCCGCUCCGGCAGCCGCUGCUGCCGCUGCCAACAAGCAUCUGCACACCAAAGUGGUCAACGGCGUCCUGGUCAUCCGCAUCGAUUCGCCCAAUGCCAAGGUCAACUCGCUGGGCUCUGAGGUCAGCGACGAGUUCGAGCGCGUGAUCAAGGAUCUGGAGACAAACAGUGCCGUCAAUUCGGCGGUGCUAAUCUCGGGCAAGCCAGGAUGCUUUGUCGCCGGAGCCGACAUUGGGAUGUUGGAGGCCUGCCAGACGGCGGAGGAGGCCACACUGAUCUCGCACGGCGCCCAACUUAUGUUCGACCGGAUGGAGCGCAGCCGCAAACCCAUUGUGGCCGCUAUUAACGGCGUGUGUCUGGGCGGAGGACUGGAACUGGCGCUGGCCUGCCAUUACCGCAUUGCCACCAAGGACAGCAAGACCAAGUUGGGUCUGCCCGAGGUCAUGCUGGGCCUCCUGCCCGGCGGCGGUGGCACUGUCCGCCUGCCCAAGCUCACCUCUGUGCCGACGGCCUUGGAUUUGGGCCUGACAGGCAAGCAGGUGCGCGCUGAUCGUGCCAAGCGUCUGGGCAUUGUUGAUCUGCUAGUGGAUCCCCUUGGCCCGGGACUGCAGCCCGCAGAUCAGAACACCAUCGAAUACCUCGAGAAGACAGCCAUUCAGGUGGCCAAGGAUCUGGCCAGUGGCAAAAUUCGCGUCAACCGCGAAAAGAGCGGUUUGGUCAACAAGAUCCAGUCUUUUCUCAUGGAUACAGACUUUGUAAAGAACAAGAUCUUUGAGACUGCUAAGAAGCAGGUGCUCAAGGCCUCCAAUGGCCUCUAUCCCGCUCCCCUUAAGAUCCUUGAUGUGGUCCGUGCUGGCGUGGAUAAGGGUUCGGAUGCGGGCUACGAGGCAGAGCGCAAGGGUUUCGGCGAGCUGUCGGCCACGCCCGAGUCCAAGGGUCUGAUCUCACUGUUCCGUGGCCAGACCGAGUGCAAAAAGAACCGCUUUGGCAAGCCCCAGCGUCAGGUUAAGACCGUGGGUGUACUGGGUGCCGGCCUCAUGGGCGCUGGUAUCGUUCAAGUGUCGGUGGACAAGGGCUACCAGGUGGUGAUGAAGGAUGCCACCGAUGCGGGCCUGGCUCGCGGCAUUGGUCAGGUGCAGAAGGGUCUGGAGACGGCCGUCAAGCGCAAGAGGAUCAGCGGAUUGGAGCGCGACCAAACUCUGGCCAACCUGCGACCCACUCUGGAUUACAGCGACUUUAAGAACGCAGACAUCAUCAUUGAGGCUGUGUUCGAGGACAUUAACGUGAAGCACCGUGUGAUCAAGGAGUUGGAGGCUGUUGUCCCGGAACAUUGCGUCAUUGCCACCAAUACCAGCGCCAUUCCCAUCACCAAAAUCGCCGCGGGUAGCUCCCGUCCCGAUAAGGUUGUUGGCAUGCACUAUUUCUCACCCGUGGACAAAAUGCAACUGCUGGAGAUCAUCACCCAUCCGGGCACCUCCAAGGACACCGUGGCCCAGGCUGUGGCCGUGGGUCUUAAGCAGGGCAAGGUAGUCAUCACCGUGGGCGAUGGCCCCGGCUUUUACACCACCCGCAUCCUCGCCAGCAUGCUGUCGGAGGCCAUAAGACUGCUGCAGGAGGGCGUGGACCCCAAGGAUCUGGACCAGUUCACCAAGAAGUUUGGAUUCCCCGUGGGUGCCGCCACCCUUGCCGAUGAGGUCGGCAUUGAUGUGGGCUCGCACAUUGCCGCUGAUUUGGCAAAGGCAUUCGGCGAGCGCUUGAGCGGCGGAAAUCUACAGGUGAUGAACGACCUGGUGUUGGCCGGUUUCUUGGGACGCAAGUCUGGAAAAGGCAUUUUCCUGUAUGAUGGCCAGACACGAGGCAGCCGUCCGGUGAACAAUGAUGCCUUGGAGAUCGUCAAGCAGAAGUACUCCCUGGUUUCCAAGGGUGCCAACACGCCCGAGGAUCUGACCCUGCGCUUGGUAUCGCGUUUCGUCAACGAGGCAGUCCUGUGUCUGGAGGAGAAGAUCCUAGACAGCCCGCUGGAGGGCGAUGUGGGCGCUGUCUUCGGCCUGGGCUUCCCGCCAUUCUCCGGCGGCCCCUUCCGCUGGGUCGAUCAGUACGGAGCCGGCAAGCUCGUCAGCAAGAUGCAGUCGUACGCCGAGCUGUACGGAGCACCCUUCAAGCCGUCACAGACCCUGCUCGACAUGGCCAAGGACCCGACGAAGAAGUUUUACCCCAAGGCUGGCGCCUCGAAGUUGUAGAUCCUAUCCAGCCAACGAAAUUUAGCUUUUAGUGCGAAGACAGGAACGGGCCAUUCGUCCCUGUGCAUUUCUCUAAGCGGGGAGAGCUAGCCUAGACGGGGCGUGGCCCCUGCGAAAGACCCUACAUAUGAUGAUGUUGUCGCGAUUUUAAAUUAAAGUUUACCGAGUAAUUUUCCAAA